AUGAUCGCAGCCGCGAAUCACACACUAGGCCGGCCUGUUAUGAUUUCAGCCGUCAGCCUACCCUCGGAUUUGGACACCAUCUCCAGAUAUCACGUCUUCGCAGCGCUAACAGGCACGGAUGUGGCUCCGGAAUUGACGCACCCAGGGCAGCUGCUAGGGUUUCUCAAUGCUGCUCGCCUGGCCUAUAGUCUUGAUACACCCGAAAGUCUUGGGUAUCCUCCUGGUUUUGAUUUAAUGCACGGUCCAUUAAAUAUCGCUGUUUACAUUGAUUACAAUGGCUAUUCCCUGGAUUUAUGGACCGCGGAUCUCACAGAACUCGGAGUCGACACACUUGAACAUGAGCAUAGCUACGCACGCUACCCAGACUUAGGACUAUGGAGGGUAGACCCGGCGGAUUCAGAGAGCCGGGUAUCGCAGGUCAUCCACAAUUUCAUCUCUAAUCUGAAGAAUACGGAUGACGGGCACCACGUUCGAGCGGUCAUCGCCCUGCCCAAGGAAUGGAUUCCUAUGCUUCGAGACCAGCUAGACCCGGCUUAUGUCGCCGCAAUCGGAAGCGCGCAUCGUGCUCGAAAGUUCAUACAGAAGCCUGAACUAUGGGAAGAUGAUCAUGAUCAUCCACAUGAUGAGCUUUGA